AUGGCUGCAAGUCCAGUUGUAACGCAACUGCAGAGUGUGGUCAGUAUGCUCCUCCCGAGAACUUUGACUGUCCAAUCAAUGUAUGCUGCAGCGGCUUUGGAUACUGUGGAGUUACCUCGGAAUUUUGCGGUGACGGUUGUGAACCCAAUUCAAAUGGAGGUGGAUGUGGUGAUCCAAGGCGACCGUCCGACCUGUUCAGAUAGUACCAGUGCGAUGUCUUAUGAUAGACGUAUAGGAUACUACGAGCUGUUCAACAUUGACAAGAGCUGCAAUGUCAUUGAACCAGAGUCACUUGUGAUUGAGCCUUUCUCGCAUAUCAACUUGGCGUUCGUGAACUUUGGCGAUGACUUUAAUAUCGUUGAUGAGUAUGGUGACAUCGUCGAUCGCAUGUCAUUCCUCAAGUUUUCCAACCCAGGCCUGCGGCUCAAUAUUGCUGUUGGAGGGUGGACUUUCAGUGAUAUCCCAACACAACAAUUAUGGACUGAAAUGGCUGGUUCGUAUGAGAAUCGACAGACAUUUAUCAACUCCGUGGUGAAAUAUCUACAGGAUUAUCACUUAGACGGCAUUGACCUCGAUUGGGAGUACCCUGGUGCUUCUGAUCGUGGCGGUCGAAGCCAGGACGCUACGAACUAUGUCACCCUGUUAGCAGAAAUGCGAGAGGCAUUCGACCGAGAGAACCCCGGAUGGGAGAUCUCCGCAACCAUUCCAACAAGCUACUGGUACCUACGCGGAUUUGAUGUCAAGGGAAUGCAGAAGUAUCUUGACUAUUUCAAUCUCAUGAGCUACGACCUUCAUGGCAUGUGGGAUCAGAAUAUCAAAUUCACCGGUCCGUACUUGGAGGGCCAUACCGAUAUAAGUCAGAUAGAGCUUGGCUUGGACCUUCUCUGGCGCAAUGACAUCGACCCAUCAAAUGUUGUCUUUGGGUUCGCGUUCUAUGGUCGAUCAUUUACGAUGAAGGACUCAAGCUGCUCCAAGCCAGAUGGGAAAUGCGAGUUCAGUGAUGGUGGCAUUCCCGGUUCGUGCACCGAUACAGCCGGCAUUUUGUCUUACGCAGAAAUCAGCUCUCGCAACAAUUCGCUAGAUGUGCAUACAUCUUAUGAUCCAAAGACAACAGUCAAAUACAAUGUAUACGGAGGAACACAAUGGAUCUCGUAUGACGAUGAACAGUCGUUCAGCGAUAAGAAAAGAUUCGUUUCCAAGCGCUGUCUGAGCGGCUGGAUGGUUUGGGCCAUUGAUCAGGACAAUGGUGAAUUCGAUGCUCUGACUGGACUAAUUGGCGAGGAUCUUUCUUCGUUGCAGAUGAAAAGCAACGAAGAUAGUCGUUCAAGCGAUGUUCUCGCCGAUGCAUUUGCUGCUUAUACUGGUCAAAACUGCUUUGUGACAGAUCGCUGCACAGAUGGGUCAAGCCACGAGAAAAAUCCUGAUCAGGUGUGCCCAUCAGGGUAUUUAUCUGUAUCUACCGCCCACAAUCCUCUCCAGGCAACAAACAAGGAGCGCCAUGGGGACUGCGAUGAGGGCUGGUACCGACAGAUCUGCUGCCCGAAGGACGCAAUGCCCAAGUCCUGCGAGUGGAAUGGUGCCCCGGAGCGGAGCGAGUUUGGAUGCGACGGAAAAUGUGGCAGCAACCAGUUCAAGUUAAAUCAAGACACGGCACUCGAUGCAAAGGGAGAGGGCCAGUGUUUUACUGGAGCCCGUUUCCUAUGCUGUGACUCGGCUGCCAUAUUCUCCACAUGCGAUUGGACAGAUUGCCAAGGACCUUUGGUUGAAGAAGAUCCAACUACAUGCCCGACAGGCACUGGUUACAAGACGUAUCGGUUUGACAAGCCCAACGGUAAACCAUGGUGCUCAGAUACCUACAUAUCUCCUGUCCCCGGAUAUCCACCGGGGAGCCCGCAUAAGACAAAAUUCAAGAGUGGAUUGUGCUGCGAUUCGGACCAGAGUUUCAAAAAUUGCAGAUGGACAAAUGUUCUCACUAGAGAGGAGUUAGGUGGUGAUUCAAGUUCUGAACACAUUGCUGAUUUGAUCUGCAAGCCACGGCCAUGCCCGGCCGGGAGUGUGAAAAUUGCGGGCGCUCUCGAUCCACCGCUAACCGGCAGCGGUGCCAAUGGAGGUGUUGCCUGUGGAAGCUAUGAUGUUGAUGUGGGAAUGGAUCCAGAGUGGUCUUAUUGCUGCAGCCUGCCGACGAAGUACAACAAGAACUGGCCGGUGGAUCCCAAGUACCUCUGGGAGAAGUACUACAAUGACCCCGAUAAGUCGGACGUGGCGUGGAAAUACAGCGACCAAUAUCAAAACAACGAUGCAGAUCAGGAUCGUUCGUCAGAAGAGGAUGGCAGCGAUGCAUAUGGAUUUGUGAUGCUUGAUGGUCCGGACGGUUCGCUUGACAAUGACUUUGCAAGCAGUCAAACUGUUGUCCGUCGCUCUGAAAAGAUCGCCAAGACCAAGCGUUCCAUCUUGACCAGCAACCAGACGGUCAUGGACAGCGUCUUCGACCAUGCUGAAGAAACCUUCCACGUCUAUUGCAACUACCCUGCCGAUUCUAAAGAGUGCAAACGUGUCUUUAUCGAUGGUGCAGAGGAUACCAUUAUCUCACUGCCACCCCAUGUCGGCGAAGGACCUUUCGCUCGCAUCGUUUCCAUGAAGGAAGCAGAUGGGGAUUUCCAGUUGCCAGAUCACCAUUUGGCACACCGUUCGUUGGAGCAUCUCGAAAACCCCGUUUAUGAGGUCAAAAUUGACUACAAUUUCCAAAACAUCAAACUGAAACGAGAUGACGAGCCUGUGCAAAUUCGUGUUGAUUACACGAACUUGAUGGGCUAUUGGGACGAGAUGACAGAUUCCCCAGCUAGUCGCAUGAAACGAAGCGUUGGCGAGCAAGGUCUCUCGGAGCCUGAAUGGCGAUCGCGUGUGCAAAGGGCUGUUUCUCGGGAUAAGAAUGUUCGGAAACGAGAGGAGAACAUCAAGGUAAAGACGGAAAUGGAUACCUCUGACUCGACGCCGGCACAUAACAAGCGCUGGUUUGGCGUCUUUGGAGAUUGGUUGAGCAAGUUGACAACUGUGACAAAGUCUAGUGUGGGCGUUAUAGAAUUGGGUUUCAGCAAAACCAUCAACCUUUUCUAUGCGCAGUGGGGGUGUCCCGGCAAGACCUAUUACGCUGACCUCCGUAUGGAUCUGGAGGCUGAUCUGGCGAUGGAUGCAACGUACGCAUACUAUCUCUCAGCAACGUUCAUUCCGCCGAGUAAACCAGAAACAUUUGCCUACUUCGGCAUGGAGCCACAAGCCUAUAUAGGCCUCCAUAUUGAAGGAAAUGCCCAAAUGCAGACCCCCAGUGUGCGGAAGAAGAUUGUCGAUACUCUCUCCUAUCCGGGUCUGGCUGUCAAGGGGAUUGCAGCGGUUGGUCCUACUUUGGACAUUUACGGCGAGAUUCGGGGUAAAAUCACCCUACACGGGGAGCUUGAUGCAGGAGCAAUGGUUACAUUCGGAAAGGCCGAGGUCUACUGGCCUCAGAAUGAUGAGGCUCAGGAGAAAUAUGGAUCCUUACUCGGAAUUACGAGUGAUGCCAAGGCACCAGCUCCUGGAAGUAUUAAGCCGGUUUUCCACGCAGGAGUCGCUGUCGAUGCACAGCUAGAUGUAAUUGUCACACCUGAAGCCAAUGUCGGAAUCAAAAUUGGUGGCGGCAAGCUAGUCGGCGGCAAGACUCUCAUGGACGCCCAAUUGACAGGGUACGUGACAGGCGAUCUGUCAUUCCAGGCCCAUGGUGACUAUGAUUCCUCAGACAAUGCCUUCCAUUACCGAUUUGGUGCCUACCUCCUCUAUAACCUCGGUUAUAAGGCUAAGGCCAACAUCCUGGGUUUCAUUGACUGGGCUUUGGCCCCUCGCAAAGCAUUUACGCCAGACAACACGGUGACUUUGUAUGAGAAGAAGGGCACAAUCCCGAUGUCUUCGUCAGACAAGGAGACAAGAGACCUAUCACUCGAUAGCACCAUCCAUCGGCGACAGGGAUCUGAAGCACUAUCCACAAAUGCUACGAUGCCCUACCUUGAUGCCGCUAUGGGGCUCACUCGUCGCGAAGAUGGGAGUGCGGAUAAUCCCAACGAUUCAGAGUUUUCUCUGCCUGGCUCUUGCCCGCCUGGAACUUCUGGGUUCCAAGUGCCGGAGAUACGAUUCAACUGUGCGCAUCUAUCCAGACUGAAGCUUACCGGAGCUCGGCCCAGUAACCAGGGCAAGACCGCAGAGGUAGCUGGCUUUUGUGACACCAUCCUGAAAAUCCCCAAUCUGCCGACGGACUUGACCUACUCCAACGAUAAAACAGCAACUAAAGCAAGAUACGAAGCCCAAUGUGGAUCUACAACCGACUCAAGUGGCAAAAAAAGAAAGAAGGGCGCAUGUGCAGACGAAACAGACAACUUGAACGCCCUCAUGGGCACGGGCAACGCCCUGAAACUUCAGUGUGACGAGUUUCCCUGGAAGUCCUCUGAGCAAGGAGGGCAUUAUCUCGAUUCCAACAGCCGUCGAGCAGCGUGCGUGCCAUACUGGCAGAAUAACUGGCAUGGGCAAUGCCUUGCAAUGAUUGGUGACAUGAGCUCAAAUUGGAAAAUGCUAGAUGCCGACACCGCCAAUAACGACGAUGUGGAAGACUAUUGGGUGCCAUGGAGAAACGACAAGUGGACUAGAACUGCCACAUCUGGACCCAACAACGAAUUUGCGCAGAAACUGAAGGAAUACGGAGUGAAACAACCGCUUCCGGAUGGUAUUUCAGUGCGGAACAAUGACAAAGAAUCAUGGACGUUCAAGAGAGACUAUCGUGCUACAUGGGUCGGUGAUGGCUCCAAGCCUGAUGACUGGUGGAACUUUGUUAGCCGCCGCUGGUACAGUGAAGGCUACGAGGGGGAUGCAGGAGGCGAGGCGAUCUUUUGCGCAAUGAAUAAUUUCGGUCAGGACGAUGUGUACAAGUUGGAGACUGAAAAAGGGAAAAAGUAUAACGGCUUCUGUCUUAGGAAUGAUGGCUCAGGCAUGGCGAGUGACUGGCAACAAAUGCACAAUCUGGGCAAAUGCUUGAUCACAUUUGGCAACACACAAGGCCAAACCCCGGACCCGUCCAAUACCAAGAGAGAUAGCCAAAGUUGGAAUGGCUGGGAAGUUGAACGCGUGGAAUUUGUCGAUUGA